AUGGGAAGGACUAUUCCCGAGUCUGCGAAGAGCCCCGUGCGAGUUCCUGCUGGUAACCACCUCUCCCGCAUCGCCGACCACUCGUCGCCGUGCGACGGCCUUCCUGCGACAUCGCCAGCCGUCGCCGAGUCGGAUGCCUGUGAUGGCGACUGCCGUGCUGCGAGCCUGUCGUCGCAAGCGAUCUCGAAUGCGAAGCAAGUGCAGGCGCAGAGGCUAAAAGACUUGCAGUCACGGAAACCGGUCUUGCAGUCACAGAAAGCGGUCUUGCAGUCACAGAAACCAAGGGAAUGGCAAGCGGACAGUUCGAGGGAUUUUCUGGUUGCGAACGGGCCUCAGCCGGCAGUUACGGCGCGCUUUCCGCCGCGUUCAGCGGCGGUUUCUGGAGCGGCUCCUUACACGGGGCCGCCGUCGCGCGUCGCUCAUCCGACGUGGCAGUCGCUGCGGUUGUCGCAUCAGGUGCGACCGUCGCAAGCAGGAGAGCAGCACGAGCACGAGGAGGAGCACUUGUCGCAUGUGUCGCAUGUGUCGCACAUGGGCUUGCGAGAUUCGGCGACGUCGCACGCCGGGCAGCGAGGCGAGCACAUGCACGCCACGGAAGGGAGGGAAGCGGAAGAGGAGGGGUGGGAGGAGAAAGACGAGGAGGCGAAGGAGGGGCAUGACGAUGAGGGGGAAGCGGAAGGGGAGGAGAAGGAGGUGAAGGAGCAAGCUACCACUCCCCCCUCCCCAUCCCCCCUCUUGUUCUUUCCCCACUCUCCAUCCCGCCUCUCCCAACCCCCCCUCUCCCCUUCGCCACUCAACCCGUCUUUUCUCCCCCCAUCUCCCCUUCCGCCAAAUUCCCUUUCCCCAUCCUCCUUCUCCGCGAGUAGUUUCCGCCACUCCGGGCCCACGGCGUCGCCCCCCCCCCUUUCGUGCACGAGCCUUUCCGUUGCCUGCGGAAACCCGUCUCCCCGUCCUUCUCGCUUUCGACCUUCGUCAGCAGGAGGUCAAUCCCCUCCAUUUCCUGCUGCUUCACCUUUCCCUGCUUCCCCUGCAGCUGCCACUGCUGCCACUGCAGCUUCACCGGCUGCUGCUGCCCCGAAAAAGCCAAGCACCAGCGCCAAUCGUGGCGGAUUGUCUGCUGCUCUGCAGCCGUUGCUGCCCGGGACAGGUGCUGACCUGGCAGCAGCUGCUGAGCUGUGGAACACUCCUCCUUUCCCAGCCACUCCCUACGAACGCCACCUCAGCAGCUGCCGCGUCAACUCCACGUCAGCAUCAGCGCCGACGGUCAACGACCUCUUUUUCCAUCGCUGGCUCACUUCCAGGGUUGGCACGUCAGCUGAUGCCACGUCAGCUUGCAGUGGAGAGAGGAGUCACGAGCGGAAAUCGCUGCUGAAACGGUCGCUGGUUGGUUCGUUCGAAGAGUCGCUGAUGUGGCAGGCUACUAGUGGGCAGGAGGAGGGCAGUGGGGUAAAGGUAUGGGGAAAGGCGGAAAGAGAAGAGAUUGUCUGCGUUCUUAUCCCUCUAUCCCUCCCCUCAUGGCAGUACAUCAGCGGGUUCAAGGCCAUGCUAGCCGUGCUGUCGCAGCAAGGCGAGUGGACCGCAGACCCUGUCAGAACCACCUUCUCAGCAGCCUUCCUCCCCUCCUCGCCGUCUCAGCUCUAUGCUGCCAGCAUUGCGGUUGGGGGACGGCAGGGGGAGGGGGAGAGUGGAGGCAAAGGGAGGGGAGCAGUGGUGGGGCGGGAGCAACCAAGCACGAGCAAGCUGGCUGACUUUGCACAUCGUGAUGCUCCCAGUGGCGACAGCCUCGGUUCUGAUGGGUGCAGUGCGCCUAUUCCAGUUGACAGAAGGGUCGCGGGUAGGCGCAAGGAAACUCGCAGGGAGCUGCUGUUUGGAGUAGGAGAGGGAACGGGAGCAGAAGCGGCAGCACCCGGCAGCACUGAUGCUCCAGGUACUGCUGCUGCUCCCGGUGCCAGCAGUUGCACUGCGCGUAUUCCAGUGGACAGAAAGGAGGUUGGUAGGCGCAAGGAAGCCCGCAGGGAGCUGCUGUUUGGAGUGGGAGAGGGAACGGGAGCAGAAGCGGCAGCAGCAGCCGCAGCAGAUGAUGAUCGGGUAGAAAUGAACGUGUUGGGGAACUCUCGAAAAGCAGAAACGGAUGGGCACAAGCAGCAGCAGCGGCAGCAGAGGGUGCGGGUGCCCACGAAAGGGCGCAUUCAGCUGCUGCUGUCGAACCCAGAGGGCACCCCCAUCCACACCUUCUCCUGCUCCUACGACCUCUCUGAUAUGCCCCCCAACUCCAAGGUGAGAGGUGAGAGAUCUUCAUUCGUCAGAGAAAGCUGCUUGCACCCAAGCACGCUGCUGUGUACCGUCCCUUCUCUCCUCUUCUGCCUCUUCCUCAUCUCCCACCCCUUCCCCUCGACCACCCCUCUCCCCCCCUCCCCACUUGGACAGACCUUCAUUCGCCAGAGAACGCUGCUUGCACCAAAGCAGCCGACUGCCGCGUCCUUCCAGGAAGCUUCGGGCUGCUCAGGUCUUCAAAUUCCUCCUCCUUCGCAGCAGCAGCAAACGAUCCAAGGAAACGCACAGGAGCAGCAAGAGGAGGUGCAACCUGGUGCAGUGAGAACGGUGAUUCACCUGCAGUUCCAGUGCUUGCCCAAGCCUCGCAGCUCUGCUGCUGCUGCUGCUGCUGCUGCUUCGUCUCCUGCUGCUGAUGAUCCCGCUUCUCCUGCUGCUGCUGCUGCUGCUGCUGCUGCUGCUGCUGCUGCUGCUGCUGCUGCUGCUGCUGCUGCUGCUGCUGCUGCUGCUGCUGCUGCUGCUGCUGCUGCUGCUGCUGCUGCUGCUGCUAGUGGUGGUGAUGUUGGUGGUGGUGUUGGUGAUGCUGGUGGUGCUGGUGAUGCUGGUGCAGAGAGUAUGGGCGGGAAAGAGGCAAGGGAAGGACAGGAGAGGAAUAAUGGAGUCGAUGAGAGAGUGAGGCAAGGGGAGGGUCAAGCGGUGGGGCAACGGGAGGGGCAAGGGGAGGGUUUGAAGGAGUCUCGUAGACACAGGCGUGAGGGCGGUAGGGAGCGGAGAACUCGCCUGUUCCUGUGUGGGGAUGUGCGGGUGGUCUUCCCUCUCUCUGCUCCUACUUCCGACAACCUUAAGAGUACCAGCUUCCUUCCAACCCACGCUUCUUCCCCUGCUGCUGACACGCACACCAACCCGCAUAGCGGAUGCGGAUCGCGUGCUUAG